AGAUCAGCUGGAACCGAAAACUCACCGCCCGUCCGGCGCAGCCCGUAUUCACAAUCGAACGUACACCCCGCAAAAGACGGACCCAAACUUAAAGUUAAACCAAUCAGUGUUGUCAUAGAGCGAUGAUGUCGCAGUCGAUUGGCUGAAAUCCCAGCCUGUCAAUCCACUAUUCAGUGAUACUUCCGCAUCGCCAGUUUUUUAACUUUACAAACCACAGACGCGUUUCGUCAGGUUUGGUGCGGUUGAAUCUGAGAUUAUAAUUUUGUUUUGAGGUCCAUCAACCACCUGGCUGCUGCAGUAAAGAGAGAUGCAGGCUAUAAGAAAUUUCUUCCGGACUGCCUGGUCCUCUGCUGAAAGGCUAGAUGACAAAACUGUGGUCAUCACUGGUGCCAACACUGGUAUUGGCAAAGAGGCAGCCAUCGACCUGGCAAAGAGAGGAGCAAAGGUCAUCAUGGCGUGCCGGGACAUGGAGAGAGCACAGGCCGCUUUGAAAGAAGUGAUUGAAAGCUCAGGCAACGAAAAUGUUGUUUGCAUGAAACUUGACUUGGCAGAUAGCAAGUCAAUAAGAGAAUUCGCUGAAGCCAUCAACAAAGGAGAGCCAAAACUCAACAUCCUCAUCAACAAUGCUGGUGUGAUGGUUUGUCCUUAUGGGAAAACAGCAGAUGGCUUUGAGAUGCAGAUCGGUGUCAAUCACUUGGGUCACUUCCUGUUGACACAUUUGUUGAUUGACCUGAUUAAGAGAUCGGCACCAGCCAGGAUUGUCACUGUAUCUUCCAUGGCUCACUCCUGGGGCUCCAUCAAUCUGGAGGACAUCAACAGUGAGAAGAGUUACAACAAGAAUGGGGCCUACUCUCAGAGCAAGCUAGCCAAUAUCCUCUUCACCCGCUCAUUGGCUAAGAGACUAGAAGGCACAGGUGUGACGACAUAUUCUCUCCACCCCGGAGUCGUCCAGACAGAUUUAUGGCGUCAUCUGAGUGGUCCUCAACAGGUUAUCAUGAAGCUCGCCAGUCCUUUCACCAAAAACUCUGUCCAGGGAGCUCAGACGACCAUUUACUGCGCGGUGGAACCAUCACUGGAGAAAGAGAGUGGCGGAUACUACAGUGACUGUGCUCCUGCCAACUGCUCAGCGGCCGGUAAAGACGACGACGUGGCACAGAAGUUGUGGGAGUUGAGCUGUCGGCUGCUGUCGAUAACGUGGGAAUGAGGCAACCUGGAUUCAAAAUAAAGUCUGUUGUGUUUCUUUACUAACUGAUGCGCUAUGUCUUAUUUCACUACUAUUGCCUGCCAAGAAAUUAUGUUAUUAUAAUAUGAGUUUUCUUAGUUACAUAUUUUUCCAACAGUUCUUGUAUGGAUUUGUGUUACAUACUAACAUGCUGUAUUUGCAUAACUAUUUCGUACUAAGAAAAUACUAAAUAUGUAAUUUGUGUAAAGUUUAUGAUACCACAAACUUAUAAUACUUUUCUAUAAAUUUUUAAAAUAUCUUUCUUGUAGUCAGAGUACAGGAUUGUCUACAUCUCGCAAAUGUUUUUCUGUACCUGUAUUUUCUGACAUUAAACACAGUGUUACACUCCG